AGAAGCGGCUGCAACGCCGAGCGGAGGAGGCAGGAACCCGAAAGCAAGCAGGGGCUGGGUGGGGACCAUGGCCGGGAUCACCACCAUCGAGGCGGUGAAGCGCAAGAUCCAGGUUUUGCAGCAGCAGGCCGAUGAUGCAGAGGAGAGGGCCGAGCGCCUCCAGCGGGAAGUGGAGGGAGAAAGGCGGGCCCGGGAACAGGCUGAGGCUGAGGUGGCCUCCUUGAACCGUAGGAUCCAGCUGGUUGAAGAGGAGCUGGACCGUGCUCAAGAGCGCCUGGCCACUGCCCUGCAAAAGCUGGAGGAAGCUGAGAAAGCUGCUGAUGAGAGUGAGAGAGGUAUGAAGGUUAUUGAAAACCGAGCCUUAAAAGAUGAAGAAAAAAUGGAACUCCAGGAAAUCCAACUCAAAGAAGCUAAGCACAUUGCAGAAGAGGCAGAUAGGAAGUAUGAAGAGGUGGCUCGUAAGUUGGUGAUUAUUGAGGGAGACUUGGAACGCACAGAGGAGCGAGCUGAGCUGGCAGAGUCCCGUUGCCGAGAGAUGGAUGAGCAGAUCAGACUGAUGGACCAGAACCUGAAGUGUCUGAGUGCUGCUGAAGAAAAGUACUCUCAAAAAGAAGACAAAUAUGAGGAAGAGAUAAAGAUUCUUACUGAUAAACUCAAGGAGGCAGAGACCCGUGCUGAGUUUGCUGAGAGAUCGGUAGCCAAGCUGGAAAAGACAAUUGAUGAUUUGGAAGAUAAACUGAAAUGCACCAAAGAGGAGCACCUCUGUACACAAAGGAUGCUGGACCAGACUCUGCUUGACCUGAAUGAGAUGUAGAGCACCCCAGUCCCAUCCUGCCGCUGCUCCUCCCUCUGACUCCGCUGAGGCCAGCCUGCCCGAAGCUGACCUUUAAACUGAGGGCUGACCUUUAACUGGAAGGCUGCUUUCUCCUUUCGCCACCUCUCCCACCCCCACCCCUGUGCCCUUUUCGCCAAACUGUCUUUGCCUCUCCCCAGAGAUUCCAUUUGGGCUAGAGGCUGAGCACCUUUGGGAACAACAUUUAAGGGAAUGUGAGCACAAUGCUAAGUGUCUUUAAAAGCAUGUUGUGAUGUACACAUUUUGUAAUUACCUUUUCUGUUGUUGAUUUAGCAGCCAUUUGUAAAACAUUCCAGAUAAUUCCAUAGUUUUGAAGCAGCAGUCUAAUCCCUUUUUCACUUUUGGAAGGUAACUUUUCAGCUUAAUGCAUAUUGCCCUCUCCGUAGAGAAGGGGAAAAGGUAUGGGCCUGCCUUACUGAGAGCCAAAUGGCCCAGAGAAGGACUCCAUUCUGGGAAACCUUAUUGCUCUGUAAAAAGCACUCGCCAAACCAGAAAGGUGAUUCCAGAAGGAGUUAGCCAAAAAAAAAGUGCUGUUCAGGUUUUCAGCUUUACGGUAUCUUUGGGCAACUUUUUUUCCACCAGAAGUGACCAGAUGAAAUCAAGAUGGUGAGACCUCUGAGACCAAAUCUUUGUCCCAGCUCUACCCUGUUCCCAGCCGCUCACAGAAUGGAUCAUGUGCCCCUUAUUUUGAGGCGACCACUUAUUUGCUCUCCUGCCUCCUUGAAAGAAAGGAAAGAAAAUUAUGUUUUACCACUGAUUUAGCCAUAUGAAACUCAUCUCAUCACCC